CAAAUGUAUGAUUUUAAAAAAUUAAAGUUGCACAAAGUUGCAACGAUGUAACUCACGAGAACGUCUGAAGAACAUUUACGACUUGACGUCGACGUCGUUGUUCUCCUGGCUUGGUGUGCCACACGGUAUUCAAUACGCGAAACGUGCACUCGCGGCUCUCGUGUCGGAAUAAAUCGCGAUAAAUCGCCGGUUCGUGCGCGAACGAGCUGCGGUGGAGCACGUGUCACACUUCUACGGCAAUUUCAGAUCGAUGUCAAAUCGUAUUCGCACGUUCUCGAAUUAUUACCAGUUUAUCACUAUUUCCGUCGUCGUUGUGCUAUGCCGUGACAAUUGUUGCCGAUUGUAACGUUUACCUUCCUGUUGCACGUUAGUCGUACGCCCUGUCUAUCCUCGAGUAGAAUUUCAUCUAAUAUAUUCAAACUUUUCAAUAUCUGUCGAUAUUACUCGUAAGACAUCAGGCGACUCGAGUAUAAUGUCGCCCAUUGUAAAUAAAUAAUUAGGAUGAUCGUUUCAAUGCAUGAUAUCAAAGAAAAUCGCAUUUUUUAUUUCGUCAAAUUACGCCAUGAUCGUUAGAACUGAUAACUUUGAAUUAUCUCUAAAUGAUCAGCAUCAUUGGUAGAACAUUGCUGACAAACUGUGAAAGUGUCGUGAGAAAAUUGUGAACUUCUGGAAUAUAUGAAAAAUUGAAAAUCCCGAACGAAGCAGAAGAUUUCCAAUUGGUGGAACGAUAUGGCGACUGGUCAGGAAGGCAAGGAAUCCCCCAGGGCAGCGCAAAAACUGAAUUUGUCGUCGAGCCCGCAUCGGAGACGACGUUCCGGCGACGAAAACAUCGGUCCUGACGAGUUGCCCAUUUUUCCCAAUGGAUACGCCGCACUCCUUCUCAAAUCACCACCUCCGGCACCACCCGCCCUUCUCAGGAGAAUAGGCGUAAAGGAGCUCACCGGGGUCGGCAAGGUAAAAGUUAUGCUAAGGGUAUCACCCGGAGACGGAGGCAGCUUUUUUAAUGCGGAUAAACGUAAAAAGCAAGUUACCUUGGUGGACCCAGCAUCCGGGCAAUCUUCAUCGGCGGAAGAUCGACGUCCUACUGUGGCGGCGCCGAAGAUGUUUGCGUUCGAUGCCAUUUUUACCGAGGAAGAUUCUCAGACCGAGAUCUGUUCGAGCGCUCUUACGGAUGUAAUUCACGCAGUUAUCAAUGGAACGGAUGGCUGUCUGUUUUGUUUUGGACAUGCUGGUUUGGGUAAGUCUCAUACCAUGCUGGGAACUCCAGAGGCUGGCCAUACACUAGGUGCAAUUCCUUGCGCCAUAGCGUGGCUCUUCCGUGGAAUUUCCGAACAACGACAGAGAACCGGCGCCAGGUUUAGCGUCAGGGUCAGCUGCGUGGAAUUGACCACCGGCCAGCAACAACUGAGGGACCUGCUUGCAGCGCACGCGAACGACUCGGAACAAUCGCCGGCCGUAUACCUCAGAGACGAUCCGUUGUUUGGUACCCUUCAAUUGCAACAACACAGCGAGCUCCGGGCGCCGACGGCGGAACGCGCGGCAUUCUACCUCGACGCGGCAGUCGCCGGUCGUCAACGAGAGGACGGCGACGCACAUAUGCUCUACACGCUGCACGUGUACCAGUACAGCGUUGCCGGCAAGGGUGGAGUUGCCGGUGGUAGAAGCCGGUUGCACUUGAUGGAUCUGGGAAACUCGGAUCGCGGAAAAUCAUCAGGCGGAAUUCCUCUCUCCGGUCUGGGCAACAUUUUGCUCGCAAUCUUCAAUGGUCAGAAGCAUUUACCAUACAAGGAACAUAAGCUGACCCAACUACUGAAGGAAUGUCUCGGCUCUUUGACUUGUCAUGCGGCCAUGAUAGCUCACGUAUCACCCAACGCGCAGCAUUACACCGAGACAUUGACUACCGUUCAACUAGCAUCGAGAAUCCAUCGGAUGCGGCGUCGGAAAAUUAAGUUUGUCGGCAGUAGCACCCAAGGUACUGGAAGUGGCGGCAGUUCCGGCGAAGAGGCGGCUCGGCAGAACAGCGAGUGUGAUCCGAGUUCGAGUGAUCUGUCGGCCGAUACUGUGAUCUACGUUGGACCAAGCGCCGACGAUGCCACUGAUGGCGAGCAUCCGCCCGUCUACAUACCCAGCCUGAACUCGGGUGACAACCGUUGUGCAAUGGGUAGAGUGCUUCGUGGUUCGGCCGCCGAAAGACCGGUCAAGAUUCCGGAAGAACGCAGUCCGGCUCACAAGUCCUCGAAAACGGUGAAGACACUGACGCAAACCGCAUCGAAGCAAACCUCACCGGCACACAGUGCGACGCCGAAGGCGAGUCCAGCUAGGAAGAAUUCUUCAUCAAAGAGCGCCUCGGCUUCCAAGGUCAAUGAUUCACCCAGCAGUAAGAUACCAGUUGCAGCGCCAAGUGGUGGGUCGGACGAACAAUGGAUAGACGGACCAAGGAUCUCGAAGUCAAAGGUCGCAGAGGCGAGACACAUGCUGAAAGAUCCUCAUCAUAAGCGAGAAACAUGGAUCGAUGGACCAAUGCAACUGACCGGUGCACCAGCGCUGCAACUGCACACGCAUCAGCACUCCUCCGGCUAUGGUUUUAUGGAUAGUCACAAGAAGAGCAUGAUUAGGAAGUGGGUGGAGAAUCAGUCAUCGCAAAUACAGCGGGCGAAGCACGCCACACCGCGACUCGAGUCUUCUUCAAAGAUGUCUUCCGGUCAAUCACCUGGUCAGUUCAAAGAGCUGACCCAGUUCAAAACUUGUAGCGGUGCGGACGACGACGAUACGUCAUUGUCCACUGCGGAGAGUGAUAGUUUGAAAGCGAAUGAAAUCGAGGAUAUAACUGAAAAAUUGAGUGCCAAGCUGAAUUUACUUAACGUCAAAUCUAACACAGAUUCAGGAUUGGAUUUGACGGCUAGUCCAGUGAUGGACGAUAGUAUCGAAAAGGGAAAACUUGACUUGCCAGACGACGAAGAUGACGAUGAAGAAAUUGUCGUACCUCCUCCACUGCCACUGAUUGAACCACUUAGUAACGGAGUAAGUCGAGAAGUAUCCAUGGAAAGUCUAAAUCUGUCGCACAAGGACAUUGUUUUACCCUCCAGACAUUCGUUAUCCUCUGAAGACGAAAUUUUGGAGAUUGUUGAGGUAGAAGACUUGGAACCAGUACCUAUGCAAGAUUCGUGUUUACAAGUCACCGAGGAAGACAUUGCGCUGUGCAUGGGUGAGAAUCCGUUGCCCGAAAGCGAUCAAGAAGAACAUCCUCUAAGGAUUCUUAGCCAAGAGAAUCUCACCGUGGUGUCAACUUUCACAGACUCCAUGUCGGUGAUGUCGGACACAGAGAGAUACAGACCGCAUUAUCCACCGCCGGUCGGCGCGGGUGUUCUGCCGAGACCGUACUUCGAUCACGAGGACUUUCUUGAGCAAGAGACCAGACACAAGUUCGAUCAGUUGGCCCGUCUCCACGAGCUGUACCAAAGCAAACUCGCGCUUGCCAAUGUUUCGAACUCUGUAACUUAUCAGAGAGAAAACUCUUCCACUGUCAACGUGCGAGAUGCUCCAUCAGCGACCGUCUUCCGUCCGCCGUCUCGCUGUCAAUCCUUAUCCCUUUCGGAUGUCUUGUUCAACGACAAUGCAAGCAAUCACGGCAGCAUAUACAGCGAACCCGCGUACAUAGCCGGCAAGUCCGAUCAGGAGAAGAUCUGCGAUAAUUGUCGUCAAAGCAUGUCUAGGCCCGCCACGGCUUCUUACUGGUACCCCAGCAGUGUGGCUCAUCUUGCCAGUCCCAGAAGAUACUGCGGCAAGCUGGGCGAUUGCAAUAUCUCUAGUCUCAGGCAUCCGGAUGGCGCUUCAAAUCCUAAUUUAAAGGAAGAGAUUGAAAGGAUACCCGGAAAUGGAGCAUCUGGUUCAGAUCCCGAGGAAGAAUACAUUGAGGCAAAAAAGUUGUUUACGGCUGCCGAGAGAUCCGAGAGAACAGUCACGGGAAAAUCCGAUAUCGAGGAAGAUCUGAAGAUUCAAAGCGGUACGCCCUUACAAUUACCAAUAUCGUCUCCAGCGCCGUCCUCCGGGCGAAUGCAACGCAAGAUUCUUAAUCUCGGUUCCUCGUUUGGUCUAAACAAGGAGGGUUCCGAUUCAGGUGCGGAUACAACACCGCGAGCAGCCAAAUUAUCGCCAGCCACGCUAUCCAGACAUCGUGCCGAGAGCUCUGGUUACGAUAGUGUCGUUAGAGACAGCGAGACUAGCAGCAUUGCCAGUGAUUCGUCCCGACAAACUGGUGCGCUACAGGAACAUCAAGCGGUGGAACAGCGGGCGGCAGGGUGCGGGCCUCGGCGGUUACGGGCCCACUGCCGAGCUCAACCGGGGCCGCCCGCGGCAUCGGUGAUUCUCGCAUAUACAGGCGAGGACGUAGACAUCCUGGACAGGCGCGCACGGGUGCGCUCGAAUCCACGUGGAACCACGUCCAGGAUACACAGCCUGCGCCUGCGCCAGCGCCUUCUUAGACUGGAGCUACGUGAUGCUAAAAGGCGCCUCAUGGUACCCGACACCCGCUGGGAUUACAAUCUGUACGUGGAGGAUAGUAUGGACUGGCGAGAUCCAUCAUUUUUGGAGGCUCUAAUGGCUGAGACAUGCAUUUUGCAAAAGAGAGUGGAGGCCUGUAAGAGCCAUGUUCUUCUGGUCACUUGCUUCGAUUCCUGUCCUCAACAAUCGACAUCGACCGAGAUUAAGAUCACCUAACGUAGACUCAGAUCAGCACGUAUGACCGCGUGUUGAUCACCAAUCCCGCCCACCCACCUACGAAUUUAAUCGUUGAAACGAGACGAGCGAGGUCGCCGAAUAGAAUGGAAUAAGAUUAGAGAAUGACGUCGAUGUCGCUCGACUCCGUCCAAUAAUUGUUAAUGAUAUAUCGUGGUAUCGUCAUCAUCAUUGUACGUUGUCACUAUUGUUAAGUCUAAAAUGAUAACUAGAAGAAUUAAACGAGAAAUAAAGGAAAGCUAAAAUAAAAAAAAAACUGAGAUAUCGCAUACACGUACACGCACACGCAUGUGUCUUAAUUGAAGUUAUAUUAUGAAGUUAUAACGAAAAGUGUAUUCGUGUUAGAGAUUUCGCGGUCGCUUCAGUUUCAACGAUGUUUCUCAGGAUGUAGAACGAAGAUGUUAGAUAAUUUUCGCGGUUGUUACAAUACAGCGAAGUGAGUCUCAGUUUCGAGUGCAAUGUUCGCGCCACGUUUAUAUCGGCAUUAAUGAUUUAAUGUGAGAAGUUGGUGCUUUGUUCUUACGUCUAUUAUUCGUCAGAGUUAGAACACUAAUGCCAUUUUCUAUCUAUAUACCAUUAGUAAAUUAUGAAA